ACCCGGUUCUCGUUUUUUGUAAAAGAAGUUUUGUUGUCGAUCAAAAUUUUUAAUUCUACUCGUUUUGCUAUGACAACUUGUCAUGGACAAGUCAUUAAUUAUGUGUUCAACUAUCAUUUUCUACAUUUUUCCACCAAUGCAACAUUAUAAUUCUAUAUUUACUAAUUAUAAAUCCACAUCACAAUUUGUCAUUUUUAUCUUGAUGUGUUUUGGUCAAAAAACAAUUUGUUUGACAUUUCUCCUUGCGAUUCUUGAUAUCUGUGGAUUCCUUAUCAGAAUGCGGGGCACUGCGUCAAAUCGAUCGAAAAAUACUCGAAAUUCAACGUCGUGGUUACGAAGACUUCGCCCUCGACUAAAUUUCACCAAAGCCAACAGUCUCGGUAUUUUGACCGUGUCAAAGAAGAAGCAAAGGAUUGAUCCACCAAGAAGCGUCGAGAUUAAUACUGGGUAUAAUAGGAAACACCCGGAAAGGUUAUUCAUCAGUACAGAGGAAAAAAGUUGCAAUGCCAACACGAUAAUCAUCUCGGGGAAAGAACUUCUCAACAAUAAGCUAAGUGACCUUGGGAAACAAGUCCUCCCACACCGACGGAACGUUCGGACACGUUCUCAGGUCAAGGUCAAGAUCAACAUCGAUCAGGACUCGUUGGAAAACCUCGACCCCAGUAAAAAGUAUAAAAACAAUGACCCAGAUUGUCACAAGGUUCGGAAACUCAAAGAUCUGGACCGACAUUUAAAACUUGUCCAUGCCAGUCCAGCCACCAAACGUGUCUACAAGACUCAUGGGGAAAAUAAAAACCCGAGUGAACAUGAGGCUCGAAAAGAAAAUCGAAGUCUCACAAAUAAAUUAGCAGAUUUCAACUGUACCCCAAAACGAGUUUUAUUUCCGGAAAACCGACCGUUGCUCAGGUCGUGCAAUAAGCCUGCUACACCUCCCCAGGAAAUACCAGCAAAUCCAUCGGAUAAGGGUGGGAAGAAGUCAUUCGUGUCCGAAAACGAACCUCACUUAAAAACUAAAUCAAACAAAGGAAAGACAAGAAAGCCACCACGAAUUAUACGCACAACUCCAAAUCAAAUCACUCAGAUCUCUUUCCCGGAGGUAGAACCUAUGAAAUUCAUGACCCCCAUUAUUCCACGUACGUUCUUGAAGAUUUCACCAAGGACGGGCCCAAAUAACUCGUCUACAACUCAGUUUUCCCAAUCUCAAUCGCAACAUUUAUACUGUGAUUUUCUCCACGAAAAUGUGUCGCAGAGUUGUCCCCCGACGCAACACGAUCCCACCAAAGGCAUACGUCGACGUGUGUUUUUAAAUAAUCAGGCGAACGGGAAUCAGGGUCAGGCACUUGUAUCACAUAAAUCUCAGUCCCAAGAAUUUGUAAAAUGCGAUCGAAUCGUGCAAUCUUGCUAGCGGCCUUACUUCUACUACAAUCCACCGUAAGGUCUUCAUUUCACGGUUUAUCCAUGAUAAACCUGGUUGAUCUCGCCACUUCGGAAUCUCUCAUCGCUACAGAGAUUGAAAAAUUAUCGUCGAAAUUAUUGCCAGUGUUUCCGUAUCUGAAAAACUACUUGCACGAUUAUCGCCUCUCGAGGGGCGCAUUGGACCCUUGGGGCGUGGCAGGAAACCCAGUCGCAGCUUACGCCAUGACCAGCAGAUACUUUUACUUACUAGACAAACUAAAACGUGAGAUUGAGUCAGGAAAAGUAGUGCAAAGUGCCGAGCUGUCCGGCCUCCUGGAAUUAUUGAGAAAUAUUCCCCUCUGGCCGGAUGACGACGACUUAUUCGAUGUUACGAAAAAUAUAUACAAACUGCAAUACUUUUUCGAUCUCAGACCGGAAGAGUUGGUUAUCGGGCAGAUUGGAAAAAACGAAACGGGAAUUUCCCUCUCAUCCAAACACAUUCUAGUCCUGGCGGGAUCGGCAAUUGAAUUUGAA